AAAGCCGUAACAAACGGUCAUAAUAACUAAACAUGAAUUUUUCUGGUAUUUGUCAUGAUGAAUUAAAAUUUAUAGUUGAAAAAAAUGGCGAUCGUCAAUAUCGAAGGAAAUGUCGAUUGGAUUCAUGUGUAUUUUAUAUAAUUAUCACUCGUUUAGUAUCGUGCAUCAUAAGCUACGCAAUUGAUUCAACACCAUCUGAUUCCAGAUUAUGGCAAAUUGAUCCAUAUAGUAUAAACAUCUAUGUAGAUCAUAAACAUCUUUACAUUAAUUUCAUGAUAUUGAUUUUAAUGAUAGUGCUUAUUUUAUUUCGAGCACAACUAUCACUUUAUAAUCAACCAAAUGUACUUUCUGUUUCAUUUCAAUUACCAUAUGAUCUGAUCGUUAUCAAUCGACAACAAUAUAACCAAUGUUUGUUGUCAGAAGAGGAAUUGCGUGACAAAAUUGAUGCCAAGCUGGCUAAUUUUCACGAAAACAUUGAUCGAAACAAUUUUAAAAGAUGGUUUUAUCGUCAUUUGAUAAUUUUACAAUUAUGGUUCAAAUUAGAAAAUGUUGACCAUAAACGAUUGGCAUCCUUUGCAAAAUUUAAUACUUUAGCGACCAUGUCAAUGAAUUGCAGACAGAAAUUAAUCAUUACCCAAACUAUUCUUGAAAAAUGUUUUCGAUUUUUUAAAAUCGCUUACGGUCCAUUAACAUUACAAAUUUUUUUCCAUUCAUAUGAAAAUCUCUAUCAACCAUUUAAAAUUUAUCUAUGGAAUCGAUUGCUGCUAUUUAUCGGAGAAAUGUUCCUGAUAAUCUAUUUCGUAUGGCUAAUAUUACGAUUUAUAUUCUUCAUUUCCACACUACAAUUGUUAAUCGUUACCUAUGUCAUUUGUCAGAUCGCUGAGAUGAAACAUCGAUUGCGUAAAAUUGAAACCAAUUUUUCAAUGAAAAUCGAUUACCUAUUCAUACCAACAAUUCGUGGUCGAUGUUUGCCUAUUAAAAUGAUACAACAACUUUGUGUAAUACAUCGUGAACAUUUACGACUAUCCAUUUAUUAUUGUAAAUCAUUUCAAGAAGUAUGGGGAUCAUUUUUUUUCGUAUUCAUUGCAUUUAGCAUUCCAAUCCAUGUGAUGAGUUUGGUUUCGCUAAGAUCGAUGAGUAAUGAUUCCCAUCAUUUGCGAUUACAAGUAUAUAUUACGUUCUUUGUUCAUAGUUUAACAUUAAUCGCUGCACUAAGCACUCUGGCUAUACAAACAAGUCUUCUACAUAGUGUCUCUAAAUAUUUGCCAGCCAUCAUUCCUGAAAUCAAAUAUACUAGAUUUAAAUUACGUUUUGGAAAUUGGUUUGAUAGAUUAACGAAUGGAAAAAAAUAUGGACCUAGUUUCGAACCAAUUGGUACAAUUACUGGUCAUACUGUACUCAAUAUUCUUUUUAUUUAUGUAGGAAUGUUAUUUUUCAUUUUAAAACAUAUAGAAACAUUCAUGAAUGAAUGACCAAUCGAAAAACAGUGUCCUUAAUUAAAUUUUUUGCAAUGACAGUAGAAUCUGGAAUCAAAGGCCUAGUCGAUGAUGAGUUUUUUAUCACUUGAUAUCACAGAUAUGAUGGUAUAAAUAAUAAUCUGAGUAUUGUUUUCUUUAGUCGAAUCUAUCGCUAUUAUUUCGGAUUG